AUGCCUAUCACUUUAUUCUGUCUAGUCAAAGGAAAUAGGACCGCAAAUGCUUUCGCCGUCGAAAUUGAUAGUGGAAAGCUGAUUAGUCACCUCAAGGAGACUAUAAAGAAGAAAGACCAAAAUGACUUUGUUGGUAUAGACGCACACAAGCUCAAGCUUUGGAAAGUAGAAAUUCUUAGCGGUCGCGACGAUCUCUUAAGCAGUCUCUCACUCAAUGAUAACGAUGAGCUGUUAGGGGCAAAUGAAAUUAGUGAAUACUGGACGUCGAAGCUACCCAAGAAGCAUAUUCACGUCUUAGUCAAACCGCCAGAGACCGCCGCCGCCUCAAGCCGUGAACAGGAGUUACUUGAGGAAGUCACCUCGUUGAAGGAGAAACUCAGCAAGUCCACACAUGACUUCGACGUCGUCGUUAAACCGAAACAGAAGGCUAAUAAGUGGACUGUAAAUAUCGAACAAGCAAGUCUCAAAGAUCUCAAAAAUUAUAUACGUGAAUUGUACAAACCGCCAGCGCUUGAGAACGAUGGAGCGGAACGAUGUCUCAUUCCGCGAGAUGUUGCAGUCGCUAGUUUCAAAACAAAACUUAAAUUUACCGUAUUCAUCGAGACGCCAUCAAAACCUUUCUCAGAUUGGUCUUUCCCCAAAGUGUGCCAGCUAUAUGGUAUUAGCAGUGACCCAAAUCCCGACAUUGACGUAUUCCCUCCUUUUUUAUGUGGUUCUGCAGACUUAAACAGUGAUAACUCCAAGGCUGUAAUUAAGCACCUAAUGGCAGAAAUAAAACUUCGUCAAAAUGUUACCCCUCUUAACAAGGCCAAUGAGGCAGCGAAGACUAUUUAUUCUUACUGCUAUCUGGCCUCCGGAGUCUCGUUUUACAAAGAUAAUUUCAAACUUAUACCGGAAAAACUUAUUGAGGUUAAAAGAGAAGACUUUAUGAAGGGAUUCGCUCAGGCAUCUGUGCAGAUGGAGUCAACUUUGCCACGUAAACGUAAAGCUGAAGAAAUCGAUAAUGGGCAGGAUGUAGAUAGGGUGUUUGGAAUUGUUACCGAUGCGUCCGAAUGGUACUUUAUGGAAUGUUCGCUAGAUAAUGAGAGAAAGCCAACGUUUAAGCUAUCGGAACCAGUGACUGUCGUCUACAAAGAUGAAAAUUUGCAAGUUAAGGUAGAAAAGGUACUUGGGCAUAUUGUAUGGUUAUUGGAGGAGGCACAAAAGCCGGUGGAAAGUGGAGUAAAGAGCAGGAAAAUCGAAUUAAUGUCUAAGGCUUAG